AUGACUUACACGGCACCUGCAGUAGUGAUAGAUAAUGGUUCAUACACCACGAAAGCUGGGUUCGCGCUGGACGAUCUUCCCAAUCUCGUGUUUCCCUCUGUUUACAUCCAAGACUCCAGUUCAAAUAAGGCUAUAGUGGGGACAGAUCGAGAGCUUGCACAUUAUCUGCAAUACCAAACAAACACUUUAAUCGAGAAUGGAUUGAUAUAUGAUUUUGAGAACAUUGUACAUAACUGGCAAUAUGUUUUCGAUAAUGUCGAUAACCAUAACGCCGUGGAUCUGAAGGACUUUCCUCUUGUGAUGACUGAACAAUCGUGGAACACCACCAAGAACAAAGUCAAAACAUGCGAAAUUGUUUUUGAGCAAUUCGAAGUGCCCUUGUUUAGCCUUGUGAAGAACCCUAUUAGUCAAUUGUAUAGGUGUGGAAAGAGUACAGGGUUGGUGAUUGAUAUUGGUGCAGGGGUGACUAGCGUAACACCUAUUUUGGACGGAGUAAUACAGAACAAGUGCUCAUUCCAUUCGAAAUAUGCAGGUGAUUGGGUCAAUUUGCACGUCAUGGAAUAUCUUCGUGGCAAAGUUGAUACGGUGGAUGAAUUGUUGCCUCUGGCGUACCGAUCAAACACCCAAGUUACAGAGUCGUUUAGACAAUACUAUAUGAGCACUCAUAUUUUGCAAGAGUUUAAGAACUUAUCGCUCAACCAUAAUGUAAGUAACUACCAAAUUUACAAUCACAAAUAUAUCAAUGUUAGUGAUAAGCGAAAUUUCUUGGAAAAUUUGUUUGAUCCAACAAUGAACAAACUACCCAAUAUAACUAUUCCAGAACCAAAUAUUGAUAAGCCAAGCACACAUGGAUUGACCAAUCUUGUCUUUUUGGCAAUAAAGAGUUUGGAGGCAACGUUAUUGCCACAAAGUGAAAGCAAUGGAGCUACUGCCACAGGACCUGGCUCGCAAAACCGAUUUGCUCGUUUUAUGGAAAUUUUUAAACUGCUUCUUUCAAAUGUCUUGAUCACCGGUGGAACUUCGUUAGCGGAUGGAUUAUCAGAUCAUAUCAUUAGUGAUUUGAGAGCGUUAAUGCAACAAUACUUCCCAAACUAUCCAUUAGCUUAUAAUGUACAACAAAUCAGAAUCAAUAGCGGUAACUCGGACAAUGCAGACACAUGGGACAAACAAUUUGGAAGUUGGUUGGGAGCAUGUAACUUGGCUCAAAUGUUGAAUGACAGCGCUGAAAAUUCAAGCAGUGCCAAGAUUGCAUUAGACAAUUGGUUCGUUACAAAGGCAGAUUAUGAAGAGUUGGGAGAAGACUUGAUCGUUGAAAAGUUCAAGUAA